AUGGAGUCUUGGGUCAUUCUUCUCCUAAUAGCUGUGAAUUGCCGAAUUUCUUGGAGCUCCAACGAAUCGUGCUUUCUUGAACACAAACCUAUUUGUGUUUUACAUGAAGAUUGUGGUUUUACCCUUUAUAAUAAAUGCUUAUUAGAUUUGCAUAACAAGUUUAUUAUUAAUGAAAAUAAGCCACCCCUGAAGACAUUUACACCAGGAUCGUGUCCAAAGGAUAAAAAAAAAUGCCUGUACGGUCAAAUUUUACCAGGACUCACUUUUCAGUGAUCAAGUUUUAUAUUUCAAUGA